AUGAAGUUCCUCGAAUACGAGCAACGUAUUGCGGAUCUUGAGCGCAUGCUUCAGGAGAAAGAUCAAGAAUUUAAGGAUAAAGACUUUCAGACAAAACUCGAGUACAAACGGCGAUAUGAGCUGGCUCUGGAAAGGCUGCUUGAGACUCAGCGAGAGUUUCGCGAUGCGCAGCAACGAUACCGUGAGUCGCAGAUGCUGCUCACCAAGUACGAAGACAAGAUCAAGCAGCUCCAGCGUCAACUCUUACAAUCUCAAGAAAUCACCAACCGCGCUCCCGCCACCGCUUCCCAUACCCAAGGGCUUCUGAACCUUGGCCAGAAGCAAUCCAACAUAGCCUUGAGCCUCAUAAGCGAACCUAUCGGGGAGUUCAACGCUACCGCUGAGGGUUCUAGUCUCGCUGCCGACGAUGGUCAACGAGUCAACAAAAGAGCUCGCGAAACCUGA